AUGUUUACCGAUUGGAUGGAAGCAAACAAGACAUAUCCAAAGGCCAAAAAUUUGACAUACUCAAAUUUCCUUACGAAGUUUGUUUAUGAAAAAAGAUACCGACGAUGGAGACCACGUAAGAGAGGGCAUACCAUUGGAAGAGUUAUCUGGGUUCCUCCAAGUACCGGUGAGUUGUAUCACUUAAGAAUGAUGCUGACUGUUGCAAAAGGACCAACAUGCUAUGAAGAUAUAAAAAAGGUCAGUGGAAUUGUUCGGGACGGUUUUAGAGAUGCAUGUUUUGAAAUGAGAUUUCUUAAUGAUGACAAGGAAUAUAUUGCAGCCAUUAACGAGGCGAAAGAUUGGGGUUCAGGACAUUUUUUGAGAAAGUUAUUUGUCACUAUGCUACUAUCCGGUACAAUGAAUAGACCGCGUCAUGUUUGGGAAAAAACUUGGAAGACGUUGUCCGACGGUAUUCUUCACCGACAAAGACAAUCAAGCAAUAUAAGAGAUAUGCAGUUAACAGAAACUGAGUUGAAAAAUUUGACACUCAAUGAGAUUGAGAAUAUGUUGCAAUCCAAUCGAAGAAGUUUACACGAAUUCAAAGAUAUGUCGUACCCGGAUGCUUAUGUCACACGACACGUUGGCAACAGAUUGAUUUACGAAAAACAUGAUUACAAUGUCGAAACUGAGCGAGAAAACUUCAACAAUCUCUUUCGUGCCCUUACAGAUGAGCAACAUUCAAUCUUUGAAAAAAUCAUGGAAGCUGUCAGGAAACAAGGAGGAGGGGUGUUUUAUUUACAUGGUUAUGGAGGGACCGGUAAAACUUUCAUGUGGAGAACACUAUCAAGUGCACUUCGUUCGAAGAAAAAAAUUGUUCUUACUGUUGCUUCAAGUGGUAUAGCUUCAUUAUUAUUGCCAGGCGAAAGAACUGCUCAUUCAAAGUUCAAAAUUCCUGUGCUCACCCUUGACAACUCUACUUGCAAUAUUGACAAAAACAUAGAACAUUCUCAGCUAUUCAAGGCAACGAAUGUAAUAAUAUGGGAUGAAGCACCUAUGGAUCAUAAAAAUUGCUUUGAGGCAUUGGAUAGAACAUUUAAAGAUGUCAUGACCAAGAAGGGUCUUGGGAAUAAAAUCUUCGGCGUCAAAGUUGUUGCUUUCGGAGGAGAUUUCAGGCAGAUUCUUCCAGUUGUUCCAAUAGCAGGGCGUUCUGACAUUGUUCAUGCAUCAAUAUGCUCCUCUUAUAUUUGA